AUGUGCGACAGCGGAUUGUGCGAGGACAAGCCCCCCGCUCCCCCUGUCAGGAUGAGUAGCCAAGGAGGCGGAGCCAAGGACCCCCAGGCGACCAAUCACAGCUCUCGGCCUCUUCCGUCCGUGCCGGAGGAGCGCAAGUCCAGAAACAAGAUCAUCUCCAUGUUUGCAUCAGAGAAAGGAGGUAGGAAGAAGGACCGGGACAAGGACAGGCCGGAGAUUUCCUCCCCGUCGGAUUUUGAACACACCAUCCACGUGGGCUUUGAUGCCGUCACUGGAGAGUUCACUGGCAUGCCGGAGCAAUGGGCCCGUCUCCUCCAAACCUCUAACAUUAGCAAAUCGGAACAGAAGCAGAAUCCCCAGGCGGUCCUGGACAUCCUCAAGUUCUACGACUCCACCAGCGGAAAGCAGAAGUAUCUCAGCUUCUCAGCAACAGGUCAGUCUCUUCGCCCUCUCCUCACCACGUUUGAAAAAUCUCAUUCAUUUAAGGGCACGACCACCACGUCGGGCGGCAAAGAUGGCGACGACGACGAUGAUGACGACACGCCGCCACCUAUCGUGGCUCCCAGGCCGGAGCACACUAAGUCCGUUUACACACGAUCAGUGAUCGACCCUCUCCCGCCUCCCGAAGGCGAUGCCGCCUCUAAGACUGCCGACAGGCAGAAGAAGAAAGGAGGAAAGAUGACCGACGAAGAGAUCAUGGAGAAGCUCAGAACAAUUGUAAGCAUCGGAGAUCCCAAGAAGAAAUAUACUCGAUAUGAGAAGAUCGGGCAAGGGGCAUCUGGGACAGUCUACACAGCAAUAGAUGUUGCCACCGGGCAGGAGGUGGCUAUCAAGCAAAUCAACUUGCAGAAGCAGCCCAAGAAAGAACUCAUUAUCAAUGAAAUUCUGGUCAUGAAGGAAAUGAAGAAUCCCAAUAUUGUCAACUUUGUAGACAGCUUCCUGGUGGGCGAUGAGCUCUUUGUGGUGAUGGAGUACCUGGCAGGUGGUUCCCUUACCGACGUAGUGACAGAGACGUGCAUGGACGAGGCCCAGAUCGCAGCUGUGUGCAGAGAGGUCCUGCAGGCUCUGGAGUUUCUUCAUGCCAAUCAGGUCAUCCAUCGAGACAUCAAAAGUGACAACGUACUGCUGGGCAUGGAUGGAUCGGUCAAACUUACCGACUUUGGCUUCUGCGCUCAGAUCACACCGGAGCAGAGCAAGCGCAGCACCAUGGUGGGCACGCCCUACUGGAUGGCUCCAGAGGUGGUCACCAGAAAGGCCUACGGACCCAAAGUGGACAUUUGGUCUCUGGGGAUUAUGGCCAUUGAGAUGGUUGAAGGAGAGCCCCCAUAUCUCAAUGAGAACCCUCUCAGGGCACUGUAUCUAAUCGCCACCAAUGGCACUCCUGAGCUGCAAAGUCCAGAGAAGCUCUCCCCAGUUUUCAGAUCUUUCCUGUCGCGAUGCUUGGAGAUGGAUGUAGAAAAGCGAGGGUCUGGCAGAGAACUCUUACAGCAUCCUUUCCUGAAGCUGGCCAAGCCUCUGUCCAGCCUGACUCCUCUCAUCCUGGCUGCCAAGGAGGCCAUGAGGAGCAAUCGCUGA